AUGUCGACCGGCGUGGUAUCCCGAAUGGCGUGCCGAUCAGCGCUCCUCCGAUCGGCCCCACCCACCGUCCGGCCGACGGCGGCGGCGCUUGCCCCGCUAUCCCGAAGCUUUACGGCCUCCGCGAUCCCCCCGAUGGCAGCUAAUAGGCCAAAGGUCAUGCUGGAGGACGAAAAUGGCUACGGUUUCAUCCGGCACAACCCCCGAGACCCCAAGCCGCGGACUAAGUCCGUCACCGAGAUCCGGGGUCCCUAUUACUCCGUCAUGGGCAAGCGGUAUCUUGAAGAUAUUCUCGAAACUAUGGGCCACUACGUCGACGGACUCAAGUUCGCUGGCGGCUCCUUCUCUCUCUUCCCCGAAGACAAGCUCAAAGAACUGAUCGACCUCGCCCACCAACACGACGUCUACGUUUCGACCGGCGGCUGGAUCGAACACAUCCUAACCCAAUCAAACCCCCAAGUUGCCGUCGACCGCUACCUCGAAACCUGCAAACGCCUCGGCUUCGACGUGAUCGAGCUCUCAACCGGCUUCCUCUCCCUCCCGCCGUCCGACUGGUUCCGCCUCGUCGAGCGUGUGCAGAAGGCCGGACUAACCCCGAAACCCGAGAUCGGGAUCCAGUUCGGCGCCGGCGGCGACACAGCGGCCUCGGACCUGGAGAGCAUGGGCUCGCAGUCGGACCCGUCCAAGGUGGUCGACCUGGGCAAGAAGUUCAUCGACAUGGGUGUCGAGCGGAUCAUGAUUGAGAGCGAGGGCAUCACGGAGAACGUGAAGUCGUGGCGCACGGAUGUCAUCCAGAAGAUCCUGAGGGAUCUGCCGAUGGAGAAGGUCAUGUUCGAGGCGGCGGAUCCGGCUGUGUUCAAUUGGUACGUGCGGGAGUUCGGGGUCGAUGUGAAUCUGUUCGUGGAUCAUUCGCAGAUUGUGCAGUUGAGUGGGCUUAGGGCCGGGAUCUGGGGGAUGGCGGAUACUUUUGGGGAGAUUACUACUUUCCGAUGA